CGUUUCGCAUGCGCACAGGUCGGAGUGCUACUCGAUGAUGCUCCGCCUGCACUACAGCGGCUUCGUGCAGGGCUCGUUCUUCGUGCGCAACAUCAUGGUGCAGCCCGGCCCGCUGACGGCGCCGCCUGAGCUGCGCUCGAAGAAGACGCCGAGCUUCCGCGUCAUCGAUUUUGGACGCGGCGAGGAGUGGAACACGUUUGUCGGCGACAAGACGGAUAAGGAAAGGCUCGAGCAGAAGGAGCGCGAGUGGGGAAACAAGAUAUCCGACGAGGACAAGAGUGCGCAGAGCGAGCUGCAGAUCCCGAGGUGGAACCACUAGUACUGUCACCUAGUAUUCGGAAAAUUUGCUCAUGCUAAGAAUUGUACUGUAAUUUGAAGGCCUGGUCAUGUAGCACAGUGCUUUUACUUUGUGGAGACACCUUGCUGCAAUAAACAAGAAAUUUUAUGAGAACAU